AUGAGUCACACGAAGUCGGAUGAAAACGAAUGGAGUUUCACGCUAUAUGAUGAAUCUUUAGCAGUCUUGGAAACAUCAAGAACAACUGAAGACCGUACUUCCAGCAAGUCUUCGCAGGAAAAUGAAAAUGAUAUUGAACCAAAACCUAAGGUGAAUCAAUACAACCCAUUUAUUUUAACCAAGAUGAACUACUUCAAGAAGAAAAACACAACAAACACAGCUAGAAUAUAUAACAAAGUGAAGAGAGUUUCAAGUAAACAAAUACUCCUGCUGUAUCGGGCCUCAUCAGAGGAUCAAUUUCGUUGGACCAAAACCCUAAAAUGGUUACAAAGAAGAGGGUUUCCUAGUGAAUUAAUCCUAGAUAAUGGUAUCUUUGCUAGAUUAAACAUAAAUAAAGAAGAUACGAUGAUGUCUAGGUCAAGCUCUGGUUGGUUUGUUUUGAAACCAAAACAGGACAAUAAAAAAUAG